CGUUUGUAUUUCUGUCCUCGGCGCUGCGGGGGAGGUUUGCUCACAGAGAGGAAGUUAUAUUUGGUGGAUGAAACACAGACUUCGUGAACUUUAUGAGGACAUGUUGGAGAGUUCUUCACAUGGAUUAAACUCAAGGGGAUAAACUGGAGUGAAAGACGGGAAGAAGUGCAAGAAGAAAGAACGUCUUUUUGAAAUGGACUUCAAUGAUUAGGAACGACCAUCACAGAAGCCACCAUGACCACAAACAUCUCUUCCCAGACUCCCAACAACGAGUCCUGUGUGGAUCCGAAGGCGCUUCAGAGCCCUUUGGCGGUUCUCUACUCUAUAAUCUUCAUCCUGGGACUCGUUGGGAACCUCGUGGCUUUAUGGGUCUUCUUCUGCGUUAGCUCCAAGAAGAACUCUGUGCGGGUGUUUCUCAUAAACGUUGCGUUCGCUGAUCUGCUUCUGGUUGUGUGUUUGCCGUUCAGAAUCUUUUAUCACAGCCGAGGGAACGAGUGGACGCUUGGACCCACGCUGUGUAAAGUUGUAGGGAAUUUCUUCUAUAUGAACAUGUAUAUAAGCGUCACUUUGCUGGGUCUGAUCAGCGUGGAUCGGUACCUGAAGAUCCACAGAGGCACGGGGGUGCAGUCCCGGCUGAGGUCCACCAGGGGGAGCUGGUUUCUGUGUGCUGGGGUUUGGAUCAUCGCCUUCACUUUCACCACGGUGUUUCUGGUGUCCAAAAACCACUCUGAGCAGGACAGAUGUUUCCACUACAAGCUCCUUGACCACGCGAAGUGGAAAGCCUACAUCAACAUCUGCAUGCUGGUUCUCUUCUGGCUGGUCUUCGUGUCUCUGGUGGUUUCUUACGCCAAGAUCGCCCUCAAACUCCAAAGGAUAUCAAAGGAGAAACCAGACCUUCCCAACGCCGCCCGAUACAAACGCACCGCCAGAAAGUCCUUCUUCAUCCUCUUCCUCUUCACCGUCUGCUUCGUCCCAUAUCACAUCGUCCGGGUUUUCUACAUAAAAACGCAGAUCACAGAUACGGCGUGUAUCUGGAGGGGCGUGGCAGAUAAAGCUAACGAGGUGGCGUUGCUUUUCUCGGCCCUGAACAGCUGCCUGGACCCCGUCAUGUACUUCCUGUUGUCUUCGUCUGUGAGGAAGGAGGUUCUGCGCCUGGUGAGCAGCGUGUUCUGUGUGCGAGAUGCUAAUGGAGUUAGCGGUAGCAGCUCCACGGUGGAGAACGUGAGGUCGGAGAGAGGACAGGCGAACAUACACUUAAGCAGCCAAUUAAAGGAGGAGACAACCCAGUGAUGACGUAUUAUAGCAGGCCGAGUUAGCAUCCAGGGGGCUGCCUCAAUACAUAAACAAGCUAAAGGUGGCUAAUGUUAGGCUAUAAAGGAACUACAGCACGGUCACAUGACUUCACGUCAACACCGCUAAGCUAAAGGUGGCUAAUGUUGGGCUAUAGAGGAACUACAGCACGGUCACAUGACUUCACGUCACCACCGCUAAGCUAAAGGUGGCUAAUGUUGGGCUAUAAAGGAACUACAGCACGGUCACAUGACUUCACGUCACCACCGCUAAGCUAAAGGAGGCUAAUGUUGGGCUAUAAAGGAACUACAGCACGGUCACAUGACUUCACGUCACCACCGCUAAGCUAAAGGUGGCUAAUGUUGGGCGUGAUGACGUUUAGUCGUCUCAUUGAGACACUUGUUACCAACCGCUGUUUCUAAAUCCACCAGGGUGUUAUUUACUGAAGUAUUUUAUGUGGUAGAACAAAACAUGUAUUUAUGUAUUACAACAGACCAGGCUAACAACCAAGAAAUACAAAAAACCAUUGACUUCCAGUAGAGGAAACAGGAAUUUCUAAAAUGCUGAUUAAUUUCCGGGUUUUUAGACUCAUUCCUGCACCACUUAAAACCUUGUAACAGUCUGUUCUGAACCCCAGCAGCAGUGGCAAUAGAUGGACUGUAAUGCAGCCCGAGUUGCAAUAUCUUGCCUCCAGAAUUUGCAAUGCAGGAAUUCCUCUUACAAAAGCAUCUUGAAUUACCGCCGUCUUUAUCCAGUGACCAAUUGUACCUGUUUAGAAAAAAUAGUGCAGCAGCAGCAUCAGUUUUUAUGUUACGUCAUCUUCCAGCAGUUUCUGAAGCAUUUUGUAACUUACAUCCAUAAAUAAUGUAAUAUAUAUACUGCUUUUAUUAUCCUUUUUGAGUGAAUAAACAAUAUGUAUGAGAUAAAUGAGUCAAACGUGUAUAGCUAUUCUGUCAUUUUGCCCAAAAAUGCCAUAUUUAUUG